AUGGCAACUGCCCCCGUCUCCUCGCUCGAAGCUCUCAAGCAAGCGGAUGCCUCUAUUCCCACCCUCGUGCAAACUCUCAACGACGCAAUCCUCGCCGAUGAGUCGCAGGCGAGCGACAUCGUUUGGGACUCGUGGAACUCCCUCCUCUCCAUCGCAGGCCAGACCCCGCGCGACAAGCAAGGGAGCUGGCAAAAGGUCAUCGUCGAGGGCGAUGCCUUGUGGGAAUCUCUUCCCACUUUUGGCUGGGUCGCUCGAGAGCUGUGGAAUUGGGAUAUCCAUGACCCCAGCGCUACUGCCAAGGACUAUCAGGACUGGAAUAACAAGACGGCCUUUUUGGCUCACCUCACCGCCUUGAGCAAUCCGUCCGAGGCCGGCGACGCCUUCAACUAUUCCCUCUACGCCCUCUGGGCCAUGCGCUCUGCGUUCGAGGAGGACAGCCCACGAGACGAAAGCUACGUCCCGGCCGUCCGAAACGCCGCCAUCUGGAUCCUCUUGGCGGGCAAGGCUUUGCGGAGUGUAAGCUCCGAAAAUGUGGCCGUCUCCGACAAUACCGGCGCCCCUGGGAGCAAGUUCUCCGACAAGGCAUGGAAGGGUUUCAGCGAAGAACGAUGGGCUGUCUGGAAGGAAGGAUUCAGGGAAGCUGCGGACUUGGUCAAGGACGCUAGGGCAGCCGUUGAGAUCAUGGAAGACCUGCAUUAG